GCCUCCUCCGCCGCAUUUUACCCUUCAGUUUCUGAAGGGCACGCAUUGGAAAGGCUUAGUUGAAAACAAGCAAGACAGAGGCAAUGGCUGACGACGGUGCUCCCGGAGGUGACCGUGGUCCCGGCCUCGACACAACUCUCACUGACGCGGAUAUCGAGUCCAACUGGGACCAUGUCUGCGAAACCUUCGAUGACAUGGGUCUCGAUGAGAACCUUCUUCGUGGUAUCUUCGCCUAUGGUUUCGAGAAGCCAUCUGCUAUCCAGCAAAGAGGAACCAUGCCUCUCAUCAAGGGCAGGGACACCAUUGCCCAGGCUCAGUCCGGUACUGGCAAGACCGCUGCUUUCUCCAUUGGGUGCUUGCAGCGCAUUGACCUCAACGAGAAGGACUGCCAGGCUCUGCUUCUUGCACCCACGCGUGAGCUUGCUCAGCAGAUCCAGAAGGUUGUUCUCGCCCUCGGAGAUUACAUGGGGAUCACUUGCCAUGCUUGCAUUGGAGGAACCAAUGUGCGAGACGAUAUCCGCAAGGUCGAAGCUGGUCAGCAGGUCGUCGUUGGAACUCCAGGACGUGUGCACGACAUGAUCAACAGACGUGCUCUCCGUACUGAUGGCAUGAAGAUCUUCGUUCUUGAUGAGGCCGAUGAGAUGCUUUCUCGUGGUUUCAAGGAUCAGAUCUACGAUGUCUUCAAGUUCCUCCCCUCCAAGGUGCAAGUUGGCCUCUUCUCUGCCACCAUGCCCAUCGAGGUUUUGGAGAUCACCCGUCACUUCAUGAGGGACCCAGUCAGGAUUCUCGUGAAGAAGGAUGAGCUUACUCUUGAGGGUAUCAAGCAGUUCUACAUCGCAAUCGAUCGUGAGGACUGGAAGCUGGACACUCUCUGCGAUCUUUACGAAACUCUCACCAUCACCCAAGCCAUCAUCUACGUGAACACCAGGCGCAAGGUUGACUGGUUGCUCGAGAAGAUGACCAGCCGUGACUUUACUGUGUCUGCAUUGCACGGUGAUAUGGACCAGAAGGGCCGUGAGCUCAUCAUGAGGGAGUUCCGUUCCGGUUCCAGCCGUGUGCUUAUCACCACCGACUUGCUUGCUCGUGGUAUCGACGUGCAGCAGGUUUCCUUGGUUAUCAACUAUGAUCUGCCAUCGAACCGCGAGAACUACAUCCACAGGAUUGGUCGCUCUGGACGUUUCGGUCGUAAGGGUGUGGCCAUCAACUUUGUGACUGGGGAUGACGUUCGCAACAUGCGUGACAUCGAACAAUUUUACAACACUCAGAUUGAGGAGAUGCCCAUGAACGUGGCUGAUCUCAUCUAAAGAUCAUGGUUGCCAGCCCAUAUGGAGGCAUCGUGAUCCCUCGUAACAAUAUGAUAUGCAACCGAAUCUCCUACGGAUGAAGACCUGGCGAGGUUUGGAGUCCAUUAGAUACGAUCUGUGGAUCAGGCCAUAGUUGGUAUAUUGCUUGUUGAACUAGAAGGUUAUAGGGGAAAGUGAAUGGCAUGAGCCUGACGUAAAUCUCAUAAGUGUUUG